GUACAUUUUUUUAACUUGAGGAAACAGAAGGUAGUAGUUAGUUGAGUGCGGCGAAUCAUCGAAGGCUGAUCUAUGUCGGUACGUGGCGUAGCCAGAAUCAAAAUGUGUCCAACGUAUUGUUUUAGUUUCGGAUGACGGUGGUAAAAAGGCGAAUAAAUGCGUCGUUGGUGCGCCGGUUCGGGCGAUGUGCGUGGAAAUUGGAUCGUAGCGCAAAGAUGAGUCACCCAUUAUCACAGAGUGUAAGAAGCACUCAGAUCGUGGGAGUGUGCAUGGCAUUGGCGCUGGUCGUCCAAGUGGUCGUCGGUAGCCCGUCCCGGUCGCCCCUGUUGACCCACCAUCUAACCAAGAGGUCCUUCCACGCGAUAGAGUGCCAAGGCGUCUACGACAAGAGCAUAUUCGCCAGGCUGGACCGAAUUUGCGAGGACUGCUACAGUCUCUUCCGGGAGCCUGAAGUACACUCCUUAUGCAGGAACAAAUGCUUCUCAACCAAGUAUUUUCAAGGAUGUGUGGACAGUUUGUUAUUGACAGAUGAGAUGCCUGAAUUUAACAGAACGAUCGAGUACUUGAGCGGAUAUUGAGUGUACGUAAACGCGCAGCGUUGUCCUAAUAAGUCUAGUCUCCUUUCACCAUAGGCAAUGUAUUAAAUAAUUUUAGAUAUUUUGACAGAUUUUUUUUUAUGUACCCUUAUAAGUCAGUGGUGUAGCCUGAAUUAUCCGAUCUAAAGUCGUUCCAUGUUUAAUUGUAUGGAACGACUUUAGAUUCAAAUAUUCAUUAUCGAAUCAGGUCUAUGUAAAUUUAAAUUCAUAUUGUGAGGAUGGAAAAUAUGUCAGUUUCACGUGAAAUGCUUAACUGUCGCGCACAAUCAAAUCAAUUUGAUAUAUUUUUCAUCUGGGAGUAUUUUUCAGCUAUUUUAAACAUUUCUGUUAGUUUUAGUGAUAAAGUUAGAUCUGACUACAUGUAUGACGUUAAACAACGUUUGCCUACAUGUAAAGUUAUACAUAUGAACAUCACCAUAGUAUUAAAUGAAAAUCGCGCGUACGUAAAUAUAUCAGUAUUUAAUUUAUUUCCAUUUUUCCCAACAUUGAAUUAUUUUAUUGGCUGGUAAAAUAAUUCGUCUGAUCAUCAUUCUUUAUUUAAUUCAUUUCAAUCAUUCAGCUGAUAUAUUUAUACAAAGAAAUAUUUAUUAAUUAUUGUUGAGAUUAUUUUUAUUAUUUAAUUAAAACUGACAUUCCGAAAUCAGUAUUUUUGAAGUUGUCAUUAGGAAUUUGUACCUCUUCAUUUAAUCUGUAGCUUGAACAUUACAAAAUUCAAAGUGUCCUUUCAGAAUAUUUACAAUAGACCGAAAAUAUAUUUUUGUACUGUAACAUUAAAGUAGUUGUUAAUAUAGGGAACAGUCUAUUUGUAUAGUUACUUUUACCGAUGGCAGUUUAUUUUUUGCAAAACUUCACAAUUGUUAAAUGGCAGCUUCGACUAAAUAGUACUAUUAUUGAUAAAAUAUUUUGAAAAUCAA